AACUACUCCUACAAUAGUAGUUUCUCCUAAAGUAGCACCUUUGCUCACUCCCGGAGGAACAAAAGAAUGGCUUCCAAUAUGCCCCAAUGAUUUGAAACCAGCUAUAGGGAUGAAGUUUAAUAAUCUUGAAGAGGGCCUUGAAUUUUAUAAAAGAUACGCAUUUGCUGCUGGAUUCAACACAAGAAAGUCUACAACUAAAAGGAAAAGAAGAAGCAAAGAAUUGAAAUCACAGUAUAUAUUAUGCAAUAAAGAAGGAUACAAAGAGCAAAAAAAGCCUACUGUUGAAAAAGAUUUAAAUAACAACGAAGGAGAAAGCAAUGAAGAAAAAACUUCAAUCAAAAGGAAGAGACUCGUUACUCGUGUUGGGUGCAAGGCACAUAUUGUCAUAAAGCAUUGUGAUGAUAACAAAUUCAUAGUGUCACAAUUUUAUGAGGGACAUACUCAUCCACUUUAUACACCUAGUUGCAAUCUCUUCCAAAAAGAAGGAAGAAAAAUGAACAUAUUGCACAAAAAAAUAAUUGUGAAUAAUUCUAAGGUGAAUAUUGGUCCUGUUACAACUUUUCGAAUGAUGAAGGAAAUUGUUGGAGGAUAUGAUAACAUCAGUGAAUCUAAGCAAGAUUUCAAAAAAUUUCAUAGAGAUUUGAAAGCAUACAUUCAAGGAAGUGAUGCUCAAAUGUUCGUGGAUAACUUUACCAACAAAAAGCUAAUGUGGAGCGCUUUUUUCUUUGAUUUUGAGAUGGAUGAAGAUUAUUGCCUUUGUAGAGCAUUAUGGGUUGAUCCCCUUUGUAAAAAGAGUUACGCUCUAUUUUGUGAUAUGGUAUCCUUUGAUACCACAUACCAAACCAAUAGAUUCUAUUACAGAUUGUGA